AUGGCUGAAAAUGCAAACUUUAGCUCGAGACUUCUCAUUGACGAGAAGAGAAACAAAGUUGUGUUGGCUGAAGCAUGUCAAGAUUUCGUUGAUGUGCUCUACGGUCUUUUGACAUUCCCAAUAAGGACUAUUGCAAGGUUGCUGGAGAAGCAUCAGAAGCUACCUCAGGUCCUAGGUCGUUACAAGAAUCUCAACGCAAGUGUUAAAGAUAUGGUCGCUGAUGAUUUCCAGACCGAGGCUUGCAAAGUAUGUUGA